AAAGCCACUGGAUAAAUGUCACUAUUUCAAUUAUUUAAAAUGGAUUUUAUGUAAUUUGAGUUCUUUAGUGGCGUAUGUUUAAUGUCAUUAGUGUCUCUACGACAGUGUCACUACAAGGCAGUAGUGCUGGUUGGGGCGGGCAGAUUGAUACAAAUGUCGAUAUCGAUACAUAGGGCAGUAUCAGUAUCAUAGCUCAAACAUUUGUACGUAAUAAAAAGGAGUGGUUGUAUUAUUUUGUUGUGACAUUGUCUUUUAUUACAUAAAAUAUUCUUAAAUGUAUUUUAUUUUCUAAUUGUUUUGCUAUGUUGUGUUCAUCACAAAAUAUUUCAAUUAUUGGUAUCGGCAAUACUGUACACGUUUGUACAGUACUCGGUAUCGGAUUGAUAUCAACACUCGCAUCCUCCUCCGGUGAUGUGCCGUUAACAAUAAAUGUGGUCCACAGCUGGAUCCAACAAAGAGGAUCAUGACGAGCUGCUGCAUCCACUGGCUGAAGAUGACUCAACCUAUUUAUGGAUUUAUGGAUGUCUAUUGUUUCCUCCAUAACAUUUAAAGCAGGUUUCUGUCCCUCCUCCGGCCGCGUCCUGUUCGGGAGAAGGAGGAGGAGAAGGGCGAUGGCCGCCGGGGGAGCAGCAGCAGGAGGAUGCGGAGACACGGUGGAGCAGUGCCGAGCCGAGGUGGAGCGUCUGAGCCGGGAGCUGGCGGAGGCCAACCGCGAGAAGAUCCGGGCGGCGGAGUGCGGGCUGGCGGUCCUGGAGGAGAACCAGAGCUUAAAGCAGCAGUACGCCGAGCUCGAGGCCGAGCAGGAAGCUCUGAGGCUGGAGCUGGAGCAGCUGCAGGAGGUGGGGACAACAGCGGCGUUCGGCCAGGCCUACUCCACCCAGCGUAAGGUGGCUGAGGACGGCGAGACCAAUGAGGAGACGCUGCUACAGGAGUCCGCCACCAAGGAAGCCUACUACAUAGGCCGGCUCCUGGAACUCCAGGCCGAGCUCAAACACAGCCGGGCCACUUCUGCCAAUGCGCAGGCUGACAAUGAGCACCUGAGCGGCCUCCUGCAGGAGGUGCGGGAGAGCAACGAGAUGUUGGAACUGCAGCGCAGCCGCAUGCGAGACGAGAUCGGGGAGUACAAGUUUCGAGAGUUGAGGCUGACACAGGACUACACCGAGCUGGAAGAGGAGAACAUCUCUCUGCAGAAACUCGUUUCUACCCUCAAACAGAAUCAGGUGGAAUUUGAAGGCUUGAAACAUGAAAUCAAGGUUUUGGAAGAGGAGGCGGAGGUCCUGGACUGCCAGUUACGGGAUGCCCUGCGUUUGAAGGACAUCUCUGACUCGCAUCUGGAAGAGGCGCUGGAGUCUCUGAAGAGCGAGCGUGAGCAGAAGAAACACCUACGCAGGGAGCUGGUUCACCAUCUGAGCAUGUGCGAUGUAGCCUUCACUGGCAGCGCGCACCUGACCUUCACCUCUGCCCCACCCAGCGGCACGGCGACCCCGACGACGCUGCUGUCACCAACUGCGGAAGAGUCAACAAGGUGUAACGGCCAUGUACAAGGUGCCACGCGGUUGCUGACAGCCACAGGGUCGGCGACCGGGGCUAACAGUGGCGCGGGUCGAAAAGCUGAUGGUGUGACAUCGUCUGACCUUUUCAGCGAAAUGAACCUGACAGAGGUUCAGAAGCUCAAACAACAGCUGUCGACAGUGGAACGCGAGAAAGCGGCACUGAUGACCAGUUUACAGGAGUCCCAGACCCAGCUCCAGCACACCCAGGGGGCUCUGACCGAACAGCACGAGAAGGCCCUGCGUCUCAGUCAAAAGGUCAGUGCCCUCUGCUGCGGGAAGCAAGUUGCACAAACCAGUACGGCCUCUCAGAUUUACCCCGGGGACCUUUUGGAACUCCACAAAGCUGACGAUGAAGAAACUGAGGCCGACAAGCUGGGGAAAACGGACCAUAGGCUGACAUUUGCACAUCAGUCACCCACUUUGGAGAUCCUGCAGUGCAAAUACGAGAUGUCUGUGACCGAGGUGGUUGAGCUCAAGUCAGAAGUAAAAGCCCUGCAAGGCAGAUUGGCUCGAUGCGGGGAAGGCACGGCACGGGAGAAGCCAAGAGGAAAUGCUCAGCUACAGAAACUAGAGAGGCAGGUGACCUCGCUAGAAAAGAGCUGCCAGGAGGGAAAGGAGAAGGUUUCCAGUUUGGAGACUGAGUUGCAGGCGGCUCAGUCGGCAGUCAGUGAGAGUCAGGGGGCUUUGAACGCAGCUCAAGAUGAACUGGUGAUGCUGAGCGAGGAGCUUGCCCAGCUCUAUCAUCACGUCUGCCUGUGCAACAACGAGACACCCAACCGUGUCAUGCUGGACUAUUACAGACAAGGCAGAGGGCUCAGGGGCCUUUGUGCCAGUCUGAAAGCCAUGUCGUCGGACAACAGUAAAGUUCUCCUCACGCCACGCCUUGCCAGGAGACUGGCCGCCACCGCCACAACCUCAACUUCUGGAGAGUCACGGAGCCCCUCGGAGUCUCCGUCCAAAGAGCCCCUAUCCGGUAGGGACGGAGGCGGUAAGGAGGGAGACAAGUCCGAGCAAAGCCUGACUUCCUACACGCCUCCGACCCGCUCACCCAGCAUCAGUGCCUCUUCAUCGUCCUCAUCCUCAUCAUCGCCUGCCUUGGAACCAGCCAGCGAGCUGCGCAGAGAGCCCAUGAAUGUCUACAACCUCAACGCCAUCAUCAGAGACCAGGUGAAGCACCUCCAGCAGGCGGUGGACAGGUCCAUGCAGCUGUCCAGGCAGAGAGCUGCGGCCAGGGAACUGGCGCCUUUGCUUGACAAGGACAAGGAAAGCUGCAUGGAGGAGAUCCUCAAGCUCAAGUCACUGCUCAGCACUAAAAGAGAGCAAAUAGCCACACUCAGGCUGGUGCUCAAAGCUAACAAGCAGACAGCAGAGGUGGCUCUCACCAACCUGAAGAGCAAGUACGAGGCGGAGAAGUCAAUGGUCACCGACACGAUGACAAAGCUCAGAAACGAGCUGAAGGCCCUGAAAGAGGAUGCCGCCACUUUCUCGUCUCUACGAGCAAUGUUCGCCACCAGGUGCGACGAGUACGUAACCCAGCUGGAUGAGAUGCAGAGACAGUUGGCGGCUGCCGAAGACGAAAAGAAGACACUGAACUCUCUCCUGCGAAUGGCCAUCCAGCAAAAACUGGCCCUCACCCAGCGCCUUGAGGAUUUGGCCUUCGAUCAAGAGCAAACGCACCGCAAUCGUGGCAGCAAGCUGACCCGCAGGAAGUCCACUCCUUCCAAAGUAAGUCUCCCAACCUCAGCCUCCACCGCCGACCUGGCGCAAGGCUCCGGUGCAGCUUUGGUUACGAGUAGUCCCUCCGCAUCCUGCCUUACUAGUCCAAUGUUAGCUGAGUGCGAAGAUGUCGCUACCGCGGCCACAGCUUCAUGCUCGCCUGUGUCACGCGUACUCCCACGCAGUCCGUCGUCGCCGACCAUUGCCUCGCCUCCUCAACCUCCAGAGACCCCGUCCUCGACCCCUAAGGGGUCGACAUCCUCCAAGUGGACCCUCGGUGUGCGAACUUUUGCAAUUGACUCCUCUCGUUUCAACAUUUCUUCUCCUUUUUCCCGUAGCCCGGGGGCUUCAAGACAUGUCACCCCAGAUACCCAAACCACACCCAAGUCUAACCAGACAGGCUCUGCGCCUUCCUCUCCCUAUCGAUCCACAACGCUGGGGCUUCACCGCCCCUUGUGGAGCCCCUCCAUCCGAACUCGUGCCUUCCCCGGCAUGACGGGAACUUUGGCACAUCACACUCCCUCAUCAUCUUCUUACUCCUCGUCGCCUCGUCCCGGGCCUUCCCCCCACAGUUAUUCAUCCACUUACUACAGCUCCUCCGCCACUUCAUCCUACAGCCACUCUACCCACUACACUCCCCUCUACCCCAGAUACUACGCUUCCUACCGGCCUCGACACUGACUCCUAAAGUCUUUGUGUACUCUCCUCCUGACCUGAGAGAGUGGGAGCACCGUUUCCUCUUUCCUUUGCCAAUGGAUUCUUCUUCUAUUGUAACAUUUCUCAGGGAUUUGAUAUACGUACGGAGCACAAGUGGCCCUACCGUCCCUUUAUUCCGCAACGACCGAUUGGCGGUCCAGAAGAGCACAUUACAGCAGAACCAGUUCAUGUCGACAAGUCGACCAACUCAUCAAGUCCUGGUAUUCGGGAUUCUUUUCAUUACUAAAAAAGUCAAUGUCAGAUGCGGAGGGAUCAUUUAUAUAAAAAAUAAAUCGUUACGUUUAUGUUGACAAAUGUUGUCAUAUGUUAACUUGAUCAUGAUCGCUCCAUUGUGGUUAUGGCUAACCUUCAAGGUCCUUUGAAACCUGGCAAUGUCAACAAACUGCCGUAGGUUCCCGUUCUCCUGAUGUCCUGGGCCAAAGUCACAAGUACUAAUGGCUAGUUUCGACAAUUACGUGGCUCAAUUCGACAUUCCUCACUCACAUUGGCUGACUCACGUCGACAUAACCGGGUUCCACUGUAAUAGACUUUUAAUCAAUGAGUGUUUUUAGUUUACAAGAAACACAAACUGAUAUUUAAAGGACAUGUUACGUUUUCAAUGGUAUUCAGAUUUGGGGUGGCCAUUACAGCAAGCCAAUGCCAAGCAAAUCAAAGUUCAGUAUCAUACAUACCAAUACUAAUAAAUCAUCAUCAAUGAUUUUGGGUUUUUUUUCAUGUAAUUUGUCGAUCAUGACAAAGAUUUUAGGCAACAAAAUACAACACAGUAUAACAAAAUAAUACAAUUAUUCCCUUUUAUUACAUAGAAUUGUUAAGAAAGUAAAAUAUACUAUAUACUAUAAAAUAUAAAUAUUUAUGAAUUGAAUAUUAUUUAUAAAUAAAAAUAAAGUCAAUAGUGCAAAAUAAUUAAACAAAAGCAAAAACUAUGAUUGGCUCUCAGUUCACAAAACAAAAAAGCCCCAAGUAAAGGCUUGAGUAAGUUUUCAGAGAUUUAGCUAACCGAACCAUAUUUUUGCAAGGGAGGCGCCAAAUAAAUAAAUGCAUUUAAUUAUUAAUUUCCAAAGUUUUAGGGCAAAUGUGCAACCUGGGGGGCCAUUAGUGGCCCGCAGCUUGUUUUUUUAUUGGUCAUAGCACAUUGUAAAAUUACAAUUAAAGGGGACCUAUUAUGUUCAUUAUGUUCGCCUAUAGAGCAGCGACACACAAUAACCAGAAAGCUUUCUAGAUCUUCCGGAAUCUGCACCUAUUCAGCUGUAUUUCUUUGGCUGUCGUGCUUCCCACAAAAACGGUCUGUAUUAAUACAUUUUCCACCCAUGGCUUCCAGGCAUGCCCACUCCACUGUGGUUGGUCACACUCCCCAGUGCUUAGGAGGACUUGAUAGGAGUUGACAAACGGGAUACGAGUUAAUGAUAAACAGCGAUUUUUCUUUUAAAAGUGGAAUCAGAUCCGGAAGUAGAGACUGGAUAGUCCGAAGUUUUUCAUCAAAAGAGGUUACUUCAAGAUGUCUCCGAAUGGUAAGUAGCUUUAGCAUUUUGCGCUAGGUUUUCUACAGCAUCGGUAACUCCAACCACUUGUGCCUGAUGUUUUGUAAACAAUUGUAAACAAAUGUAGCUUUGUCUUUGAAAACACUUCCCAGGAGACAUUGCUGACAACGUAAACAGAGAAGCAGAGCUUGGGGGGGGGGGGGGGGCAGAGAGCAUAUCUGUCCUACAGCGCACGCCCAUAUAAGGUAGCCCGUCAAUCUGUGACAUCAGAAAUUGCCAGUGUUGGAAUGCCCUCUGAAACCGAGCAUUCAGAGCCAUCCCAAUCUUCUUUCAGGGCUCGCUUCCUGAUGCGAAGACCUUAUUAUCUGAAACUUUGGCAUCUUUUAACACGGGAAUACAACAUUCUAAUUACAUUUAUAGGUCAGAAAAAUGAAAAAAGCAUUAUGGGUCCCCUUUAAAGAAGAGAACAUAAAAAUGCACAAAUAACUAAAUUGAGAACGAGGAACUGAAACAAGGAUUUUGAUUUUUUUUUUAGUCAGCAUAAAACGUGUGCAUGUGUGGGUUUAACACUAAACAUUGCUCGAUAUUUAUGUAUUUAUUUUUUUUGCAAGAUUAAAUAAGAUAUCCAAAACAUUUGUGUUUCUCAGUCGGAAUGCAGGUUCAGAUGGAAGUACAUUACUUUGUACUGUGUGUAUGUGGGUGUAUUUGUACUAGGGUGUAUACUAGGGUAUACUAGGUAUACUAGGGUGUAUGUGUCUGGACGUAUAAUAUGCAUCCUUUAUACAACAAAUGUUUAAGUUCAUUGAUAUUAAAGGGAUAAAGUUCAAGCAACAUUUGGACGUACAACAAACAUUAAAUUUAUGACAAUUUAAUUUUUACAGUCUGUUCUUUUCAGGCACUAUGUUUUACAUUUUUUUGUGUGUCAAAAAUACAAUUCCGGGUGAGUUGCAUACAGGCCCUUUAAAUAAUAAUAAUAAUAAAUAAAUACAAAUAAUGAUUUAUAUAUAUCAUAUACAUUAAAUUCCUAUUUUCUAAUGAUAUACAUGUAUAAUAUAUGCUUUUUGUGUCCAGACAUGAUGGGGCAUUGUGGAACAAGGAAGGGAUGUGUUCAGCAUACCAAAACAUAAGAGUACAAAAAUGCAUAUGACCAAAAGGAUGUCAUCUAGGACUACCUGAGUAACCCUUGUGCCUCUGAAGGAGCCACCCGUGGAGGCUAACAGCAGUAUAUACAAGCAAUAUGUAGCAAGUUUAUCUUCUAAUAUCAGCUUUAAAAUCAUAAUAUCUCUUAUUGUCACGGUGUUGCGUUGCAGUGCCUUGCCACGCUUUGUCAAAACGGAUCAAUCAAUAGUUUUUUAAGUGUUUAGCAUGUACAUCCAUGGGGCUUGGAUUCAUGACCUUUUAAUAAUGGCAAUUAUGCCAUAUACUGGAAAUGUAUGUUUUACAGUUAACACGAUAAUCAAUUGUCAAUGUUGUAAAUGUUUUUUUUUUUUCAUCUCAUCAAAUAAAGCUGGCAGCAAUGUGC